ACCCAGCAACUUACCUAGCUUUCCAGAUGCCACCAUCACCCGCCUCCCUUUCCCUUCGCCGUCCUUCCGAGCGAGGCUGAGGAUGGGUACUAACAUACAGGUCAAUCCAUGACAAGGACUACAAUCAUUGCGAAUGCCGGCCGUCUCUCCAAUGUACUUUUCGCAUCUCCCGAACAUACCAUCAUUCCGCCCAAGUAUGGAGCGUCGGUGCCACCCGUGCCACCUUCACACGCCUCACUGGCCCUGCGUCUUCCACGAUAAUGCCAUGUUGCCUAAGGGCGAUGGCAAUGGGCAUGCCUUACAGUCAGUAUCAGCUAUCGAGGGGCCGGGAUACCGACAAGAUACGAAAUCCCAAUCCGUCCAUGUUUCCUUCCAGGCGCGGCAAUAUGCCAUCCGGAGACAGCGUCACUCAUCCAUCCACUACCUUGCGCUCAUCGUCGUCGAUGCUGUGGGUUCAGGUUGCCUACACGAGGCUGUGCCUCGACCUUUUCUUUUUGCUUUUCAUUGUCCUUGUCAACGAUUCUACUGGGCCCGGCCGAGACCAAACAUCCAAACCCAGUCUGGGCCCGACGACCACUGCUCGCUGUCGAUGAGAAGGAUCCCAAGGACGAGAGCCUGUCAUAGUACGCACGUACUUCACGCCGCGUUUGGGUACGGCUCCUCCCAUCGUCUUGAGCCACCACUAGACUGCUAGAAAAGCUGCCGCAUGCGGACACAAUACCUCGAGGCCAUUCGAAACGCUGCGAUGGUCGCCGCCUCUGG